ACGCUCUGUUGUGUGUGAUGUCUGCGUGCUCCGUGGGGUGAACAAACACCGAGGGGUCCGCCACACGAAAAGAAACAGCUGUCCGAAGACACUCGUCAAGACGGAGAAGCACUAUGGAUGAAGAGGAGCAGUUUGUGAACAUUGAUCUGAAUGAUGACAACAUCUGCAGUGUCUGCAAGUUAGAGACAGAAACAGGGACCUUAUCUUUCUGCCAUGUCUGCUUUGAACUCAGUAUUGAAGGUGUGUCCUCUGCCACCUUGUUGCACUCAAAGUCCCUGCGAGGCCACAGAGACUGCUUCGAGAAGUGUCACCUCAUCGCCAACCAGAAGCUGUCACGUUCCAAGGUCUCCCGAAGUGCCUACGAGGGCAUGAAGCUGGCCCUCAGCCAGAAGCUGAACCGCAUCAUCCAGUACGCCCAGAACAAAGACGCCGUCUCCUCCAACGGCCCCACCAGGCGGGGGGCCAAGCUCCUCUGCUACAGCCAGCAGAGUGACCGCAAGCUGCUGCCCCAGUCGGACGCCCAGGUGCCCCGCUAUGCGCCCCGCUGGGACACGGGCAAAGCGACGGGGCUGCCCGAUUAUACGAUGGGGAUGCUGGAGUGCCACACGGCGGAGGAGCUGGGGCUGCUGCAGGAGUCUCCGUCUGACGUCUGGUCCGGUGACGGCAGGAAAGGUCUGCACAGCCGGAAGCAGUCAGACCUGCAGCACAGACAGCAGGGCAGCAGCAGCAGAGACGAACUGACUAAAAUGAGUUUGGAUGAGCUCCAUCAGCUGAACGCUCAGCUCCUGAUGCAGAUUCAAAAAGUCUUCGAGGAGCUGACGGUCGCCGUGCAAGAGAAAGACUCGCUGGCGUCGGAGCUGCACGUGCGUCACAUUGCCAUCGAGCAGCUCUUCAAGAACUGUGCCAAGCUGCCCUGGCUGCACAUCAGCAGGGCCGGGGUCAAGGCCAGCAGCGGCGGCGGUGGCGGCGGCGGCGGCCCUGUGGAGUGACCUGCUGGUUCCAGCCAGCAGCAGGCAGGACGCUGGAAGGCUUCCUGUCCCCCUGCUGGGAAGAACCUCACGAACACUUCAGGAAGCAGCAAAAACACUUUCACAUGUCCUGAGUGACUUCUACAACACUAUGAUGACGUUGGGUUGUUGGCUCUGCAUUAGAGCAGCAUUAAGGGCUUGGGUGCAGUCGUGGUUGCAGUGACGGUGCGAGGAUUAAUAGUUUUACUGCAUAUAUUGCUCAUCCGGCAUGUGAGUUCCACCCAAAUCAAGUAACCAGGGUGCAUGCUACCACCAGGUGGACUGGCUCACAGAGGCUCCUGUGUUUUUGUGUGUUUUUUUUUAAAUCAUUUACCUGAUUGCAGCCUGAAAGCAGCUUGCAGGAUUUUACUUGCUGUUGGUUUUAUUUUCAUUGUUUAUUUUUGCUCUUUGGCAUUUCAGUGUUCAUUGUUUCAGUUUUUUGUAAACACGCGUUCUUAUGUCAGACAUGGAUUUUCAAACUGCUCCUCCAGGGUUUUUAGUAGAAAGUGAUGAGUUGCAGUAUUUUACCAGGGUGUGAACAGAUAGUGUUUGCAGUAGUAUUUGAUUGCUGUUGUCAUUUUAAAGCCACGACAAAGUGCUUUGAAUCGACACUGUGGUCCGUGAAGAACGUCGUCUUUGUACGGCGUAAAGGUUCAGAGGUACAACUUCUGGGAACUUGUAAGCAAUACUAACAGAUUUAUGCCACAUUUAUUUAGAGUUUUAAAAACUAGCUGCGGUUACAGGUCAGUUCUAGAGAACACCCAGACGUACCCUAAAGAACCACUGCAGCAAAGACAGAUGAGAACGUCUGUUGAAAGUGAAAGUGUCAGAAGACAACGGACGAGCUGUGCAGGUUUGUGUUUGUGCGGUCGAUGAGUGUUUUGGGAGUGUCCUGGAACAAUAACAGCAGCUUGGUAAGCAGAUAAUAUAGCCUCCCCGUGGCUUAAAGCGAUAGGUAUUUUUAUUAUUAUUCAGCUUCUGGGUUUAUAGCAACUAUUAUUGCUGCUGAGAUUUAGUACAAAGCUGUUUGCCGUCUGGUGUAUAGCUGUCAAGCACAAGUUAAACGAACGGCUAUACACUGAAUGAGCAGUAUCAGAAAAGGAGAAACUGAACUAUUGAACAAUAUAUCAAGCUGCCAAACCAAAGUCUGUUCUGUGUUUCAUAAACAAACUACAAGCAUUUGACUUCGUUUCCACAUAAAGAUGCAAUACCAACAGAUUUUCAAAUGUAUGUGGCUUAUCCUGACCGCAGGUUUUUACUCUGACGGUGUUGAAUCGAUGCGUUCUCAGAGUGUAUGCUUUCCGAUCAGUUUUAUUUAUCUGUCAGCGUUGCCGCGUGUCGCCCUCUCUGCUGUGCUACGGUGAUGUCAUAGCAAUACAAACAGGACGGUUUGGUCUAUGUGCCUCUGCAGGUCCUUGAGUUUUGAGCUAAAGAAAGAUGUAAAAAUGGUUUUUAACGCUCUGCAGUUUUGGUUAAUGUAUCAUUCAGGAACCCUAUGCAAGAAAAAGACAAAUAAAUCAGAAGCCUUAUUACGUAGAAACUAUCUAAAAGCAUAUUGGUUGUCUGAGUUGUGUUUUUAGAGGAACUACUCGAGUAUAAGAAGCUGGGGAAAGACGAGGUUCUAAUCAGACUGAUGUUUAGAGAAACUCAGCAUUGUCAGCGUAUCUCUGUUGCUCUCUCUUUGUAAGAGAUUCGAUGUAUUUGACCCUUUUGGGGUUUCAAGAGAGGUUUUUAGCUCCAUUUUAAACUUUUAUUUGGUUAACUGUGUUCAGUGUGCUUGAGUGUUUGCGAGUAUUUAGACAGCUGGUCCGAAAUGCAAGUUUUCAGUCGAUUUUCAGUUCAAUCUUCAGCUGUAUGUUUUUUUUUUUUUUUAAUGUGUGUGUUUUAAUUCUGAAAGCUGUGUAUUUUUUGAAUACUGUGGAAACAUGCCUGGACCUGCGCCUCCGUCAGGCUGCCUGUUCUCGCUCGUCUGUUUGUUUCCACUGGAGAUGUCAGCAUACCUGAUACACCUCCGCCUCCUUUCUCUAGACUUGACUCCUCAUUCGUUUGUUUUUCUACGUUUGGUUGCAUUUGUGUUGUUUGAUGUUUUGCAUUCUAUUUAUUGUGUGUUUUCAUGGACCUUACAGGCUGUGUGAUUUGUGCUCAAGUGACAGUUUGUAUUUUUUUUUUUUUUUCAUAAAAAUAAAAUGAAAUUAUUUUACUACAUA